UUCCAUUGUCAAAUCAACGGCACCACCAUGACCCCUGAGAAACGGAAGCUUUCCUUAAUGCUGGGAAAUGCUUAUCGUACAAUAGCAACAUCUGGAGUAUUUGGGUAUCCCCCAAGCCAGAACAUGUAUCAAUUGAACUACUCCUGCUUGGCUGAGGAAUACGCAAUAGUACUCUGCAACCAACAAGCACCACUCAAUCCUGUACCGUACAAUCUGUCUUCUAUCCCAAUAGCAGCAGAAUUCGAAUUGUGGUGGGGCAAUCACGACUUUGGUGCUUUUAUCAAUGAAACUGGAGUCUACAGCCCUAACUUUGAUUAUACUGUGUUCAACCAAAUAAUUUCGGGUUACGCCGUCAGUAUAGGGUGCACCGAUACGUGCUAUGGCAAAAAGCAGGUGUACUGCACAUUCGAACAUUGUGUAGUACCGCAUGGCGCUGAUUAA